AUGAUUGAGCUCCUCCGACAGUAUGUCGAUGUGUUCGCAUGGUCCUAUGAUGACAUGCCGGGAUUAAGCACUAACAUUGUCUCGCAUCGACUACCCACCAAUCAUACCAGACUGCCGGUCAAGCAAAAACCAAGAAAGUUCAAACCUGAUUUAAGUCUGAGGAUAAAGGAAGAAGUGACCAAACAGAUAGAAGCAAAUGUGGUAAGGGUCACCAACUAUCCAAGUUGGUUGGCAAACAACGUCCCAGUACCUAAGAAAGACAGAAAUAUCAUAAUAUGUGUGGACUACCGAGAUCUCAAUAAAGAUAGUCCAAAGGAUGAUUUCUCUCUGCCAAAUAUCCACAUCCUCUUCGACAACUGUGCAAAGCAUGAACUGCAGUCAUUUGUGGAUUGUUUCACUAGAUACCAUCAAUUCUUAAUGCAUGAGGAUGAUGCAGAGAAGACGGCUUUCACCACACCUUGGGGAGUCUACUAUUAUAGAGUUAUGUCGUUCGGUCUCAAUAAUGUCGGUGCCACCUACAUAAGGGCCAUGACGACCCUCUUUCACAACAUGAUUCAUAAGGAGAUUGAAGUGUAUGUGGAUGACGUCAUCAUAAAGCCACGAAAGAGCUCGGAGCACUUGGACGACUUGAGGAAAUUUUUGAAUGCCUGCAAAGUCUUGGAUAACGCCUUCGGCUGUGUGGUUGGGAAGCAUGAUGAAACUGGGAGAAAGGAGCAGGCCAUUUACUACUUAAGCAAGAAGUUCACGCCAUGCGAGGCCAAGUAUACCCUGAUAGAACGCAUUUGUUGUGCCCUGACUUGGAUUGCUCAGAAGCUAAGGUAUUACAUGUUAGCGUACACCAUGCAUCUGAUAUCUCGGCUCGACCCUCUCAAGUACAUUUUUCAGAAGCCAAUGCCUACCGGAAAGCUAGCUAAAUUGCAAAUUCUCCUCAGCAAAUUUGACAUUGUGUACAUAACUCAUAAGGCUAUCAAAGUACAAGCUUUAGCUGACCACCUCGUGGAGAAUCUAGUGGAUGGGAAUUACAAACCUCUUACCACAUAUUUCCGAGAUGAAGAAGUACUAUUUGUCGGAGAAGAUAUUGCAGAAUCAUACACUAUGUGGAGAAUGUUUUUCGAUGGAGUAGCAAAUUUCAAAGGAGUCAAAAUUGGGGCAGUCCUGAUUUCGAAAUCUGCACAACACUAUCCAGCAUCGACAAAGAUAAGAUUCCCUUGUACCAAUAAUAUGGCUAAAUACAAAGCGUGCAUUCUCGAGAUCAAAAUGGCAGUCGACAUGAACAUCAAAGAACUUUUGGUCAUACGAGAUUUCGAUUUGCUAAUACACCAAGUCCAAGGAGAAUGGUCCUCCAAGAAUGUCAAGAUACUGCCAUACCUACACUGCGUGAAAGAGUUGUGCAAGAAGUUCACAAAGAUUGAGUUCAAGCACGUCCCCAGGAUUCAGAACGAGUUCGUCAUCGCCCUUGCAACCAUAUCGUCUAUGAUUCAACAUCCAGACAAGAACUGUAUCGACCCUAUCGAGGUAGAGAUCAGGGAUCGACAUGCCUAUUGCUUCUAUAUAGAUGAAGAACCCGAUGGUAAACCAUGGUAUCAUGACAUCAAGAGAUUCCUUGCGACUAGAGAGUACCCGUAG